AGGAAAGGCAAGCAGAAAAGUAAAUUUGCUUGGAGCAAAUUCCACACACGACAAUCAUGGGGCCGAUCAAAAGGAAGACGGGGCCCACGAAUGAUUCAUUUGUUCGCUCAAAGAAGGUCGGCGAAAAUGAUAACAGACCGCAAAAGAGGCUGCGACAGGAGGAGACUGGAACCUCUUAUACAGCAAAGCCCAACAGGGGAACUACCACUCUACCGACUGCACAUGUUCCCAAAAUUGCAAAAGCCAAAGAAGAAGAGGCUGCCUUCCCACGUGGAGGCGCAAGCGUCCUAACACCUCUAGAGCACAAACAGAUUAACAUCGACGCGACCAGAGAUGUCCUGUUCGAACAUGAGACCGCAUCGAGGGCGAAAGCUGAUGGGGAUUCAGAGGCGGCUACUAGCCAUGGAGGGAAGAAGCGCAAGCAAAAAAGCAAGGGAACUAAGGACGCAAAUGUGAAGGGGGACGAAGGUGACGACAUAAGGAUCGAGGGUCUAAGUUACAAGCGCCUUGUCCCAGGGUCAUUGGUACUUGGGCAAGUCUCGAAAAUAAAUAUUCAUGAUAUAGCUCUAGCACUGCCAAACAACCUAACUGGUUAUGUCCCUCUAACCUCGAUAUCGGGGAAGUUGACGGAAAGAGUAGAAAUGUUGGUGGCAGCAUACGACGGAGCAAGCGACGACGAUUCUUCGAGCAUAGCAGAUGACAUUGAUCUCAACGAUCUAUUCUCAGUUGGCCAGUACCUGCGAGCUUUCGUUGUUUCUACGAACGAGAACAAUGCGUCUGGCGCUGAAGUCGGGAAACGGCGCAUUGAGCUCUCUCUUCAGCCUCAGAAAGCCAAUAGCGGCAUUACUGCGAAAGAACUGGCCCCGAACAGCAUGAUAAUGGCAUCAGUAGUCAGUGUUGAAGAUCAUGGGAUUAUUAUGGACAUUGGGUUGCAGAAAUCUGCCAUUGGAGGGUUCAUGUCCUCCAAAGAGAUUGGGUACGCCAUCGAGAUGAAUACGAUACAGGAAGGUGCAGUUAUGCUGUGCAUGAUCACAGGCCUCAGUUCCAAUGGCAAAAUUGUCAAGUUGUCGGCAGACCUUCAAAAGAUCGCCAAUUCUAAGAAGCCGACCUACUUGAGCGACGCACCGACUGUCGAUGCCUUUUUACCUGGAACGGCGGUUGAAUUUCUCCUCGCAGAUAUUACGCCCAGGGGUGUGGCUGGCAAGGUUAUGGGCAGCAUCGAUGUGACAGCCGACUUAAUACACUCUGGACUCAGUAACGCUGGAAAGGACCUGGAGAAGAAAUACAAGGUCGGCAGCAAAGUCAAAGGCAGAAUUAUCUGUACAUUCCCAAAUGUUGAACCCAGGAAACUUGGCAUCUCCCUACUGGAUCAUGUUAUGUCCCUCUCGACACAGCAGGCACAGAAGAACGCACAGAAACACGAUCCUCUGCAGAUCCUUCCAUUAUCCAGCAUCAUUGAAGAAGCGACAGUCAAAAAAGUUCAACCGGGAAUAGGCUUAUUCGUUGACAUCGGAGUUAAAGGGGUGAAUGGCUUCGUGCAUAUCUCGAGGGUUGCCGAUUCAAAAGUUGAAACACUUUCUGAGUCAGUUGGGCCUUACAAAGUUGACUCAACCCACCGGGGCAGGGUUGUUGGGUAUAACUCACUGGAUGGAAUCUACCUCGUGUCUCUGGAGCAGAGGGUCCUUGAACAGCCAUUUUUGCAGAUCGAAGACCUAACCAUUGGCGAGGUUGUCAAGGGGAAGGUGGAUAAGCUAUUUAUCAACGAAGCUGGUAUUGGUGGCCUGUUUGUCAAACUUGCCGACGGUAUCACUGGCCUUGUACCAGAAAUGCAUAUGGCUGAUGUCAAAUUUCAUCACCCCGAAAAGAAAUUCAAACAAGGUCUUAGUGUCACUGCCCGUGUUCUUUCGACGGAUUUGAGCAAGCGCCAGUUUCGCUUAACAUUGAAAAAGGCGUUGGUUAACUCUGAAAACCCCGUUUUCAAGUCAUACGAAGAUAUUGAACCUGGCUCGCAAAGCCCUGGGACUAUAAUCAGUAUUCUACCUGGCGGAGCGGUUGUCCAGUUUUAUGGUACCGUUCGUGGCUUCCUACCAGUCUCGGAGAUGAGCGAAUCAUACAUACAGGAUCCUAGCCAACACUUCCACGUUGGGCAAGUCGUCAAUGUUCAUGUCCUAAAUGUUGAUCCUGCAGCCGCAAGACUCACAGUUUCCUGCAAAGACCCGGCAGCCUUUGGGCUCUCACAACAAAGUUCGCUGAAGAAGCUUCGAAUUGGCGAAAUAGUUUCCGCCACCGUGACAGAGAAGUCCAAUGAUGACAUAUCAGUUGAACUUGAACUCUCUGGUCUGCGAGCUAUACUUCCUGUCGGGCAUCUUACGGAUGGCUCAGAGGCCAAAAACUUCUCAGCUUUCAAGAAGAUAAGGGUGGGGCAGACUCUCCAAAACUUGGCUGUCAUCGACAAAGUCGAAAAGAAUCGUCUCAUAACUCUUACAAACAAGUCCAACCUAGUGAAAGCAGCGAACGAGAGAACUCUGUUAAGAGAGUUUGCCGACGUUAAAGAGAACAAGAUUGUGCAUGGUUUUGUGAAGAACAUCACGCCCACAGCAGUUUUUGUCCAAUUUGGAGGUGGAGUUACUGGGCUUUUGCCAAAGUCUAAAUUACAAGACGAGGCUCAGACUCUGCCUGAUUUUGGCCUCCGCCGCCUCCAAUCAUUGACGGCCAAGGUCCUCUCUGUUGAUCAAAGCGAGAAACGAUUUUUGCUGUCUGUCAAAGACAUUAACAUCUCGGUACCAUCCGUCGAUGGCGAGUUGGUAUACCAUGGCGAAUCCCAGAAGGCUAUUAACCCAGUUGAUGAAAGCAUAACUGCUGCGGAAGACUUUACGUUGGGCAGGGUGACGAUGGCUAGGAUCGCCUCGGUCAAAGAAACUCAAAUUAAUGUGCAGUUGGCCAACAAUAUCCAAGGCAGAAUCGAUGUAUCUGAAGUUUUUGAAUCUUGGGAGGAGAUCAAAGACCGGAAGCAUCCACUGAAGCAAUUCUCCGCAAAACAGACUAUUCCCGUUCGAGUUCUUGGUAUCCAUGAUGCCAAAAACCAUAGGUUCUUGCCCAUAACCCACACGGCCGGCAAGACGGCAGUCUUCGAAUUGUCUGCAAAGUUGACUAAAACAAUAGAGAGCGCACCAGAGGCUCUUACCCUUAAUAAAGUGAAGGUGGGGUCAUCUUGGAUUGCAUUUGUCAACAACGUGCGUGACGAUUGCCUCUGGGUUAAUAUAUCCCCCAACGUUCGGGGACGUAUCGGCGCUCUUGACAUCUCCGACGAUGUAUCCUUACUUAACAACCUCGAGUCAAAGUUUCCUGUUGGGUCUGCCAUAAAAGUCAGCGUGACUGGGAUUGAUGUUGCAAAUAACCGCCUGGACCUAAGCGGCCGAUCGGCAAGAGGCAGCAGCAGUGCUUUGAGUUUCCAAGAUUUAAAGAAGGAUAUGGUUGUACCUGCAAGGGUCACUAAGGUCACAGAGCGCCAAAUUAUGGUCCAACUGAGCGAUAAAGUCUCAGGACCAGUGAACUUGACUGAUCUUACUGAUGACUUCUCUGACGCCAACCCAACAAUCUAUUCGAAAAACGAUAUUGUUCGAGUGUGUAUUACAGACGUUGACGUCCCCAACAAACGCAUAAGGCUCACAACAAGACCAUCCCGAGUCCUUAAUUCUUCCCUGCCUGUUAAAGAUGCCGAAGUUUCGUCUGUUGCGCAGCUGAAGGUGAAUGAUGUUGUCAGGGGCUUUGUCAAUAAUGUUGCUGAGAAUGGCAUAUUCGUCAGCCUCGGUGGGAACGUGACAGCCUACACCCGAGUAUCCGACCUCUCCGAUGCCUACAUCAAGGAAUGGAAGCCAAGCUUUCAGGUUGAUCAGCUUGUCAAGGGCAAAGUGAUAGCUGCCGAUCCAGCCUUGAACCAUGUCCAGUUGAGUCUAAAAUCGUCCGUUGUCGACAACGAUUAUGUUGCACCUAUAUCUCUUAAUGACCUGGAGGUUGGCCAGACUAUUACUGGCAAGAUUCGAAAGGUUGAGGAUUUCGGCGUGUUCAUCGUUGUGGACGGCUCGAUGAACGUUAGUGGUUUAUGCCAUAGGAGUGAAAUGACUGAAAAUCGGGUCACAGAUGUCAAGAAGCUUUACUCCGAGGGUGAUGCUGUGAAGGCAAAGGUACUAAAGGUUGAAUUAGACAAUAGGCGCGUAAGCUUUGGUCUAAGAGCUUCAUACUUCAAAGAUCAAUCGGAAAGUGAUGAGGAAAUGGAUUAUGGCAUAAAAGAUGGCAUGGAAGGAGUACAACUGGGUAGUGACGACGACGCAGAUUCGGAAGAGGGCAAUUCCGGCAACUUGGAGAGGGUUGACGCAUUAGUCGCAUUAUCAGGAGAUGAUUCGGACCCCGACAUGGAAGAUGCUCUACAGCAACCAAGCGGUCUCCCACUCGAAGCGGGAGGAUUCAACUGGACUGCGUCUACCCUGGAUGAUGCGGACCAGCAAAUUGGUGUAGAUUCUGAAGAAGAGGGGUUGGCAAGUGCGUCGAAAAAAAAGGCACGCCGCAAGCCACUUAUCAAGGUCGACCGUACUGGAGAGCUUGAUGCCAAUGGCCCACAGUCGACAAGUGAUUUCGAACGACUAUUGCUGAGUGAACCAGAUUCUUCACAGUUGUGGAUUGAAUACAUGGCUUUCCAGGUGAAGCUCAGUGAACUUGCCAAAGCACGAGAGGUUGCCGAGCGAGCCAUUCGUACCAUCAACAUGCGCGAAGAAGCGGAGAAGAUGAACGUAUGGAUAGCAUUGCUUAACUUGGAAAAUGCGUAUGGAAGCGAUGACACGACCGAAGAAGUCUUCAAACGUGCCUGUGAGUAUAACGAUGCUUUCGAAAUCCACGAACGGUUGACAAGCAUCUACAUUCAGUCGGGUAAACAUACCAAAGCCGAUGAGCUCUUCCAAGUUCUGAUCAAGAAGUUUUCGCAAUAUCCCAAUGCCUGGUACAAUUAUGCGCAUUUCCUGCAUUAUACGCUGUCAUCUCCAGAUAGGGCAUGGGCUCUCUUACCCAGGGCCAUUCAGUCGCUGCCAUCGCAUAACCACCUCACUCUCACGAUCAAGUUUGCAGCUCUCGAGUUUCACUCACCGCAUGGCUCACCUGAACGAGGAAGAACGACAUUUGAGGGAGUCUUGGCAACGUUCCCGAAGAGGUUAGAUCUCUGGAAUCAACUUUUGGAUCUGGAGAUACAACAGGGUGAUGAAGGCAUGGUCAGGGCACUCUUUGAGCGAGUAGCCAGGAGUAAAGACUUGAAGCCGAAGGGUGCAAAGGCCUGGUUCAAGCGUUGGAGCGAGUGGGAGGGUAAGUACGGCGAUGCCAAAAGCCAGGAGAAAGUUAAGGCAAAGGCAAUAGAAUGGGUUCGCGCCACAGGAAGAUUGGAAGUCUGAGGAUAUAUAAGCGGUUGCGUUAGGUAGUCAAUACACGUUCAUUCACUUUUAACAUAAAUAUCGAGACAUAAACGGACUGGGUCUUCAAAGUUGAGGCGUCUGGAAGGCAUUUAUAAAUACAAGCAUGCGAGAAUCCAUAUUUCUGUGCCAUUUAGCACUAUCGUGCAUGCACAGCGAUCAUAAUGCGGCGGUGAGUCUAGUUGCCACUACUUCUCAUCUGAGAGCACACCUUUGCAUUCAUUCUUCCAAUGCUCCCAUGAUAGAUCCUCAAUAGAACUUUGGAAGCCCGCUGAAAACGCAACCGUAUAUGCGAAGUAGAAACAACGAAGAAAGCAUAGUUAUGAGACAGCCUUAAUGCAACGCGACAUCCUCGGUAUCAUUCAUACGCGCUAUCCAAAGCCAAAUCAGCAAGGAGUUAAGCGCACACACAAGAUACCAGAAACAACAAACAUGACCAAACGCCGAGUACAGAUCCAUCCACUGCAUAUAGUACCGUCGUGUAAAGAGAUUGGAUCAGAAAAUGCCCAACCCUUCAUGGCUGCAUAUUUCGCUUCCCGCACUGCCUUAGACGCUGAAUUAAAUACCUAUGAUUAAAUACCACGUGCGCCACCACGCUGGUUCUUUUUAGGUUUUGAGACCGUGCUCCAGCCGUCUUCCUCUGGAGCCUCUGCCACCUGCUCGGCGGCUGCGCCGGAUGGUGGAGCUCCACCGUUGGCUCGUGGCCCUGGACCUCUGUUGGAAUCAUUGCGAGGACCACGUGGCGGUCCAUCACCGCGAGGACCCCUUGGGACAUCGCUUCGGGGGGGCUUUGGGCCAGCUGCAGGGCGUCUCCAGGCCCCAGUAUCAGCGGGUUUCUGCUGAGCCGCCUCUUUAGGCUUGGAGUCGGUGGUGUCUUGAGUCGCAGAUUCUUCUUCCAGGGUAAGACCAUCCGUCUUCUUCACAAUCUCUGCAGUUGGUGUGCCAUCAUCAGUUUCACCUUCGGUCUUUUCUCCCUUUGCAGCUUCCUUGGCGAUGCGCUUUUCCUCGCGAGACUUGUCAUCGGCCUCCUUUUUCUCCUUUAGCGCAGCAACUCGUUUCUCUUCGAUCUCCCUUUCUUUGGCAGCAGUAUCAAUAGGACGUGCUGCACCGAAUGGGCUAGCCUUAGCAUCGCCAGUAGCAGAUGCUGGUGAAGCCACGUCAGCUGCUUCAGACACUGUGCGCUUUGUCAGGUUCAGCUUUGGUCUUCCAACAGGGGCUGCAGAGGCUGGUGCGGGAGAAGCCGGGCCUUCACUACCAUCUCUCGAUGGCAGCGGCGAAGUCGCAGCUGGUGCAACUGGGGCGUCUGGCUUCAUCUUUGUUCGCCAUUGGCUAUCCUGCUCUGCGGCAGUUGGAGCUCUAUCAGCAACUGGGCGCUCCUGAAACUCGCGUCUUGGAGGUCUCGAGCCAUCCUGAGAGUCCUGGGUACGGCCCUCUCCCCAUGCAGCUGGCGAUGCUCUCCUAUCUUUGAACCCUUCCGCACGUGGCCCAUCAACUGUGCUGCUACGGCCCCCUUCUCUGGUGCUCGUUUGGCGCUCCUGUUGGGGAACUGUGGACAAUGGCCCGCGACGCUCCCAGUUGCCAAGGUCUCUGACCUUUCCAUCAUCCUGAGGGAAUGGAUCGCGGCGCUCUCUACGAUCACCGCCGGAUUCCGAGCCUCCAUCGCCAAAUGUUCUUCCGGAUGCAAACCCUCUCUCAGGUGCUCGGCGGUCGUUUCCUCCGCGACCUGGCAGGUCGGGCAAUGGUCCCUUGCGACUCCAGUCUCCCAAUUCACGAACAUCCGGGCGAUCACGAUCUUUGGCUAUAUAGCAAGGAUGGUCAGUAUGAGGAGGCACAUGUAGCAACGGCUGCAAAACAUACGUGGAUCUGCGACGCUGACUCUGAUGUUUCUGCCCUGGAAUUGCGAUCCGGAAAGCGCCAACGCCUUGAUCAGGCCUUCGCGGGAACCAAACUCUGCAUAUCCAAACCCCUUGGGUUUCAUUUCGAGCUUGUCUUCGAUGAUGCGAACAUUGGUGCAUUCGCAAUCAGCAAAGAAAUCCGUCACGUCACCAACGGUAGCGUCGAAUGAGAGAUUUCCUAGAUGCACAGUAUAAGGUGGCUUAUCUGGGAGAGGUAGUUCCUCUCUGACAGAGUAUCCUGAACCGCACUGUUAGCAGGUGCAUGGUUCAUUGGCAUAUUCCAAUUAGAGUGACGAACCAGCUAGGUUACCGCUUCCGAAGGUAGUGUUUGUAGAGCCGUAAGUUCGCUUUUCGGCGCCAUAUCCAGAACGAGAGUCUAUUGAAUCAGCAUGAAUCAAGCCGGUCAAAUAAGUCGCCAGGAAAGGGUUGGUGAUAUGGGUCCUAUGUGUGCGAGUUUCGGGGCUUGGAAAGAGCAAACAUACCGGCUAUAAACGAUUAGCAAGCUGAAAAUAUUGGGAGGGUCAAUUCCAAAAAAAUAAAAAUAUACUCACAGACUGGCAUAUCCUCCAUCUCAUCAGCCCAGGAUCCAAGUUCUGUGCAGUAUUAGCCAUGUAACAUCUAGGCAUCUCGGUAUAUAGCUUACUCUCAUCAGUCAUGAAGGCCCCGAGGGACAUCUUCUGCUGUUCCUUCUUUUUCGGACCUGCAGAAUAUGCUGUCAGCUUCAUGAUUAUCUCCAGAUACGCCGGCCUCAAUUGAUCCUGCUUCGAGGGGGCCAAAGCGAGACCG